AUGGUUCCUCAAACUGAGGACAAGGUUCCUCAAACCGAGCACAAGGCGCCUCACACAGAGGACAAGGUUCCUCAAUAUGAGGACAAGGUACCUCACGCUGAGGACAAGGUUCUUCACACUGAGGACAAGGUUCCUCACCCUGAGGACAAGGUUCCUCACGCUGAGGACAAGUUUCCUCAAGCUGAGUACAAGGCACCUCACACUGAGGACAAGGUACCUCAAACUGAUGACAAGGUACCUCACACUGAAGACAAGGUGCCUCACGAUGAGGACAAGGUUCCUCACGCUGUGGAAAAGGUUCCUCUCGUUGAGGACAAGGUUCCUCACGCUGAGGACAGGGUUCCUCAAGCUGAGGACAAGGUACCUCACAUUGAGGACAAGGUACCUCAGACUGAGGACAAGGUACCUCAAAUUGAGGACAAGGUUCCUCACGCUGAGAACAAGGUUGCUCACGCUGAGGAAAAGGUACCUCAAACUGAGGACAAGGUUCCUCAAACCGAGGACAAGGUACGUCACACUGGGGACAAGGAUCCUCACGCUGAGGACAAUGUUCCUCACGCUGAAGGAAAAUUACCUCACAUUGAGGACAAGGUACCUCAUGCUGAGGACAAGGUACCUCGCACUGAGGACAAGGUUCCACACACUGAAGACAAGGUUCCUCACACUGAGGACAAGGUUCCUCACGCUGAAGACAAGGUUCCUCACGCUGAGAACAAGGUUCCUCACGCUGAGCACUAAGUUCCUCACGCUGAGGACAAAAUUCCUCACGCUGACGACAAGGUUCCUCACGCUGAGAUCAAGGUACCUCACCUUGAGGACAAGGUUCCUCGCGUUGAGGACAAGGUUCCUCACGCUGAAGACAAUGUUCCUCACGCUGAGGACAAGGUUCCUCACACUGAGGUCAUGGUACCUCACAGUCUUACACGGAGGACAAGGUUCCUAACGCUGAGGACAAGGUACCUCACAGUCUCACACGGAGGACAAGGUUCCUCAAACUGA